CUCGUGCGUCGGGUGUGGUAGGACAGAGAAUGGCUACCCAGUCCAACGUGAACGAGCGCGUCGACCAUGCGGAGGCCCAGAUCCCACACCGCUGUCGCCGCAGCCAAUCAGCAUCGAAGCUUACUCCGUCUUCGGACUUUAUCGAUAGCGUGGCUGGCUUUUUGUAUAGUCGACUCACAAAGAAGCUGGCCCAGUUCCACACCACUCGCCUCUGCGCCUUUGCGAUCCCCCAGAGACCCCCAGGCUCUGCUUGCGUUCUUGGUCCUUUGCCGUCCUGAGCUUUGAGCCUGCACCCGACCACAGCCAUGUCGACUUUCUACAUUGAGAACAAGUCGGUCGGCGACUCCAAGAAUUCCGAGGACUGGCGCAUUCGCGGCUACAAUCCCCUCACACCUCCCGACCUGCUCCAGCACGAGAUUGCGCAGACGCCCAAGUCCAAGGAGACCACCGUGCAGGCGCGCAAUGAAGCCGCAGACAUCGUACACGGCCGCGACGCGCAGCGGCGAUUGAUGGUCGUCGUCGGCCCUUGCUCCAUCCACGACCCCAAAGCUGCCCUGGAAUACUGCGAUCGCCUGCUGAAGCUCAAGGACAAGUACAAGGACGACUUGCUCAUCGUCAUGCGCGCAUACUUGGAAAAGCCCCGAACCACGGUGGGCUGGAAGGGUUUGAUCAACGACCCGGACAUCGACAACUCGUUCAAGAUCAACAAGGGCUUGCGCGUGUCCCGGCAAUUGUUCGUCGAUCUCACCGACAAGGGCAUGCCCAUUGCCAGCGAAAUGCUCGAUACCAUCUCGCCUCAAUUCUUGGCAGACAUGCUCAGCGUAGGAGCCAUUGGCGCCAGGACGACCGAGUCGCAACUCCACCGUGAGCUUGCCUCCGGUCUGUCUUUCCCCGUAGGCUUCAAGAACGGCACCGACGGCACCUUGGACGUUGCGGUCGACGCGCUAGGCUCCGUCAAGCACCCACACCACUUCCUCUCCGUCACCAAACCCGGUGUUGUCGCCAUCGUUGGUACCACCGGUAACGAGGAUGCCUUCGUCAUCAUGCGUGGCGGAAAGAAGGGCACCAACUACGACUCCGCAAGCAUCAAAGAGGCGCGCGAGAAGCUAGAGUCCAAGAACCUCAACCCGCGGUUGAUGAUCGACUGCAGCCACGGAAACUCGGAGAAGAAGCACAUGAACCAGAUCAAGGUCGCGCAUAACAUCGCUGAGCAAAUCGCAGCCGGAGAGACCGCUAUCUCAAGUGUGAUGAUCGAGAGCAAUAUCAACGAGGGCAACCAGAGCGUGCCCAAGGAGGGCAGGGAAGGUCUGAAGUACGGUGUGAGCAUCACGGAUGCUUGCAUAAGUUGGGAGGACACGGAACGCGUUUUGGAGGAGCUCGCAACGGCGGUCGCGAAGAGGAGAGCCCAACUCGGUGUGAACGGUGCUCAUUGAUGCAUAUGUUUCGAGGUGGGUCAGCAGCAACUGAGCGGGCCGCUUCGGCGUGUCCGGGCAGGAGAAAAGUUACGUUGAGCCUUUCGCACAAAAUACCAAGCAUGGUCCUCAGUCCUUCCGUUGUCUCAUUGUAACCGUACGCUGACCCUCGGCACUCGCACAAAUGGUGCCAAAUGCGGCACAUCGGA